UCAGAGCCCGCGGGUUGAAGAAAUCGUACGCAUCGAGCGAGUGACAAGCGCCGCGUCUCACCAAACAAAGAAAAGCAAAGGCAGAGCCCACAUUAAAAAAAAAAAAAAAAGAAAAACAAAUAAAAAAAACUACCGAAAAACACAUUUAACCUGCUACACUGACACAUAAACAGAGUUAGUCAAACGAAUAUUUUGUAGUUACCAAAAGAUAAAAACCAAAACGCAACAAAAUGCUGCCACGAAUCGCAGGCAAAUGAGCCCGCUAGCCAACGGCUCCCAUCUGCGGCUGCUGCAGAGCAGCGAGUCUGAGCCCGGUCCCGCAUCCGCAUUCGCAUUCGCAUCCGCAUCUGCAUCCGCCUCCGUAUUCGCAUCCUCAUCCGCAUUCGCAUCCGCGUGUCCCUGUGUGUGUGCCAGUGUUCAGCCAAAGCGGACCGCCAGCAAUUGCAGUGUAAGGCGUCCGCCAAUCGCAUUCCAGUAAACUAAUCUGAAAUUGAGUUUCGUUUCCGGUUCCGCCGUGCGUCGCUCAAUCCGUUGGCCAAGUCGGUCGGUUGGUCCGGUCUACACAAGUCGGUCGGUCGGUCACCCAUUUAGACAUUUAGUGCUGCUCAAAAAUUGAUGCCAGCAGCAGCGGCUCUGUAAUCCACAACAACUUUCAUCCUUGCUAACUGGAAUUGCUUCGAACCAUCAACAUCAACAAGAACAACAACCACAACAAAGUGCUGCCAGCAACAAAAACGUAAUCAGGAAUUUAAGCAAAACCAAAACGAAACACACGAAACAGGAAGGAACCCGAGAAAAUGUUUAUGGAAUUGUCAUCGUUAGCGAGCAACUGACGCAACAGCUCAAGGCAUGUGGCAACAGCAACAUCUGCAGCAUCAGCAGCAGCAGCAGCAGCAACACUGAGUGGCAGCAGCAACUUUUGGACAGCGGCAGCAACUAGGGAAGCGGGAGCGGGAACAGCCAACCUCCGUGGUUAGGUGGUGUGCUGCUAUAAAGCAGCACCAUUGCUGCCAUUAAAAUAGACGCCGCGGCGCAACAGCAACGCUGCCGUCGUCACAAUCAACGCCAGCGACAACACCAUCCGCACCAUCGCCAUCGCAGACGACGACGGCGCAGCAGCAACACCAGCGACAACAGCAGCAGCAACUGCAACAGCAGCAGCAACAGCAACAACUGCAGCAGCGGCCUGUUGGGCGCAGUGGGUGUGGCCAUCAGCUGCCCAUUGCUCGCCACACAGCAACUAAUCGACGAACCGGGCAGCAGCAACAACACUGGCGACGACGACGGCGGCGCAGCAGCAGCAAUAACGCAACAGCAACACUGCAACCAGCAACAUCAGCAAAGUGGUCGACGGCGACGCUACGACGGCCUGUCAUCUGUAGGCAAUGCAACGCGCUGUGCAGCAACGGGUUGGACCUGGCCUAAGAUGGGUAGCGUGCUAUUCGCAGCUGUAUUCAUAGCAUUACACUUUGCCACCGGCGGCCUGGCCAACCCAGAUGCUAAGCGACUCUACGACGACCUGCUGAGCAACUACAAUCGCCUCAUCCGACCCGUGGGCAACAACUCGGACCGCCUCACCGUCAAGAUGGGUCUGCGCCUUUCCCAGCUGAUCGACGUGAAUCUGAAGAAUCAAAUUAUGACAACAAAUGUCUGGGUGGAGCAGGAAUGGAAUGACUAUAAAUUGAAAUGGAAUCCGGAUGACUAUGGAGGCGUGGACACGUUGCACGUACCCUCCGAGCAUAUAUGGCUGCCGGAUAUUGUGCUCUAUAACAACGCCGAUGGCAACUAUGAAGUGACAAUAAUGACAAAAGCAAUUCUUCAUCACACGGGCAAAGUGGUGUGGAAGCCGCCCGCCAUUUACAAAUCCUUUUGCGAAAUUGAUGUCGAAUACUUUCCCUUCGAUGAGCAGACAUGCUUCAUGAAGUUCGGCUCCUGGACCUACGACGGUUACAUGGUUGACUUGCGACACUUGAAGCAGACCGCCGACUCGGACAACAUUGAGGUGGGCAUCGACCUGCAGGACUACUACAUCUCCGUGGAGUGGGACAUCAUGCGAGUGCCGGCGGUGCGAAACGAGAAGUUCUACAGCUGCUGCGAGGAGCCCUACCUGGACAUCGUGUUCAACCUGACGCUCCGCCGGAAGACGCUCUUCUACACGGUCAACCUGAUCAUCCCCUGCGUGGGCAUCUCGUUCCUGUCGGUGCUCGUCUUCUACCUGCCCAGCGACUCCGGGGAGAAGAUCUCGCUCUGUAUCAGCAUCCUGCUGUCGCUCACCGUGUUCUUCCUCCUGCUGGCCGAGAUCAUUCCGCCCACGUCGCUCACGGUGCCGCUGCUCGGAAAGUAUCUGCUCUUCACCAUGAUGCUGGUCACGCUCUCCGUCGUGGUCACCAUCGCCGUGCUCAAUGUGAAUUUCAGAUCUCCUGUCACGCAUCGCAUGGCGCCGUGGGUGCAACGCCUCUUCAUCCAGAUCCUGCCCAAGCUGCUCUGCAUCGAGCGGCCCAAGAAGGAGGAGCCCGAGGAGGAUCAGCCGCCCGAGGUGCUCACCGAUGUCUAUCACCUGCCGCCGGAUGUGGACAAGUUUGUCAACUACGAUUCGAAGCGUUUCAGCGGCGACUACGGCAUUCCAGCACUACCCGCCUCGCAUCGCUUCGAUUUGGCCGCGGCGGGUGGCAUCAGCGCCCAUUGUUUCGCGGAACCGCCGCUGCCCUCCUCACUGCCACUGCCGGGCGCCGACGACGAUCUGUUCAGCCCGUCGGGCCUCAACGGGGACAUCAGUCCCGGCUGCUGUCCCGCCGCUGCAGCUGCCGCCGCGGCCGCCGCCGAUCUCAGUCCCACGUUCGAGAAGCCCUACGCCCGCGAAAUGGAGAAGACCAUCGAGGGAUCCCGCUUCAUAGCACAGCAUGUGAAGAACAAGGAUAAGUUUGAAAGUGUGGAGGAGGACUGGAAGUACGUUGCCAUGGUAUUGGAUCGUAUGUUUCUGUGGAUCUUCGCGAUCGCUUGCGUGGUCGGCACAGCGCUGAUUAUCCUGCAGGCGCCCAGCUUGUACGACCAGUCGCAGCCGAUCGACAUACUCUACUCGAAGAUUGCCAAGAAGAAGUUCGAGCUGCUCAAGAUGGGCAGCGAUAACACCUUAUAGCGACCACUUGGGUUCGCGGCCGGCUGGUGGAAUCUGAUCAUCAGCUCGCUGCGGACCCUGUUCGCCGCUCGCGACGAUGAUCGUGGAUAAUAUACGAUGAGCCACACCAUGAGUAUUUCCUCGGCGCUGUACAACACUAACAGCAGCAACGCCAGUGACAGUGGCAGUGUCAUCGGCAGUGUUGUGAAGGGUAUUGUGAGUGGUGUUGGGAGCGCCAACGAAACGGAUGCCACAUGGAGCCCAUCGUAAGAAACACGAGGCGAGUGAAGCGAACAUUGCGAAAUGAAAUGAGAUACAAUCGAAUGGAGGGCAAGUUUUUGGAGCAGUUGAUCAAAAUAUGUAUGUAAUGUAAUGCGAGGGGAAUGUAGUGUUGAUUAACCGUGACAGUGCUGGAUAGCGACGCAAGCCACAAGAUCGGAGCAAAGCGGAGCUUAGUUUGUAAGUUUUUUGAUGUACUCGAUGUAUGAUUGUGUGGGUCGAAGUUCAGGUGGUUUUACGGAUCCCAAUGAUCCUCGGGCCAGUGUUGUAAAAAAAGUAUGGAGUUUUGUAAGUUACAUUGUAUUUUUGAGCGCCAAAAAGUUCCUUGUUACAUCUUUUAGUUUUAAAGUUCCACACAACACACAACAAAAACAAGAAAAACAAAUGAAAAUGUUUUAAAAUUGCAUUUUAAAUUUAAAUCUGACUGCAUGUGUUCAAUGCAUGAGUGCGAAUGCUUGUGUGUGAGACAGCGUGAAUGUGUGCGUGCCAAAAUAUACAUAUGGAAAAGAAAAUCAAUUUUAAUUGUUUAUUUAUUUGUGCAUAUUUUUCACAUUAUUUUUAGCAGAGCAAAAACAAACACAGAAAAAUCGCGCCCACGCUAAAUGGGUAAAAUUAAAAUGCAUAAAAUUCCAAUCUAUUUUUAGCAUAAAUAAGUAAAAUUAAUACGAUAAACUAUAUUUAAUUAGGUAAUAAGUCGUAACUAGUCGUAGCUAAGCAAAUCUAGUAUUGAAUAAAAUUUAAUAUUACAUAAAAAAAACACGAAUUCCGAAAAAUCGGUUCGUAGGAAGCGCGAAAUUCUGAAAUAAAUUUAGUUGAAUGUUGAUACAAGCGAGUCGUCACAUUUUUAAAGCCACACAUUUUUACUAACCACACUGGCAACACACACGUAAAUAUAUUAUAUCGUGCAAGCAUACUAUAUAUAUAUAUAGAGUACGUAUACGUAUUUAUAGGAUUGCAGCUAGUCGAAUCACAUAACAACGGUAACACAAAACAAUUUCAAUUAAAAACACGCACACAAACAGACAAACGCGGAGGAAAACAAGUUACAAUAACUAAAGCCAAUUGCUAUUUGGCCAGCACUUUGUAUAGUUUGAAGCAAUUUAAAUCAAUUAUAUUAUUGCGUAUAAUAAGAAUUCCGUUCAUUCACCCAGCAACUCGUAUUCACGGGACUUUGAUUGUUAUCCCCACCAACUCCAGAUGUUUAUUUUGCAGCUCCAUUCUUCACUCUUUUAACCCGCUGUUUUUUAGUUCCCUGCACUCAUUAUGCAUUCAUCGGAGCAUACGAAACGUUCAGAAACCUUUGGCAAGUUCAAUUUAAAAUAAAACUUUUUAAUUACUUUCAACGGGCCACGCGAGUGCUGUUCUGAGUUCUGAGUUCUCUGUUCCGAGUGCUGGCUUCUGGGAACUGAGUUCUGUGGUCCGAGUCCUAGCUUCUGGUUUCUGGCCAUUCCAAUAGCCUCGGUGCCGCCCUGAAAACACCUUUAAUUUAAAUGCCAAAGCUAACGAAACUCGCCACAAGGUUGACUGCCACGCCCAUUCGCCCUCCCAUUUUUGCCUUUGCGUUUUUAAUUGAUUUUGCAAAAGUUUUUGCCGCUAGAGCCACAAGAACAGUAAACAUUAAGCAAAUGCAAAAGCAAAAGCCACCGACAGAUUUUCACGGAGGUGGUGCGAAAAAUGGGCCGGUGGUGGCAAAAGAGGGCGUGGCGGCACCGCAAGGCAUGCAACAAAUUAAGUGUGGAAUGCAAUUUACCAUUCUAUCUGCACAAGGGUAUGUGUGAGCAGUUAAUAAAGAGCUGAGAGUAAACAAAUACAAACUUACAUAGAAAAAAUUAAAAUCUUAAAAAGAUCAUUUACAAUUUAAAGAAACAUUCCCAAAUUCGGUCUAAGGCUCUAUUUAAAGUCAUUUAAAAUUCUAAAUAAAUUUCGAAGAUGCUCCGUAUACAUUAAGCCAUCUGUUAAGCAUCUGUUAAUAACAAGGCACCUUCAUGUUACCGAAUUUCUCUAUGUGUAUCCAGUGUAUGGCAACAAGAACUUGGCAAGCAUAAGUGAAAUCUGUAGAAACUAUUAGCAAAGAAUGCCGCGACAAACGACAACGGCGACCCUGAGCACCCUGCCAGGGUUGUCAAGCGGCCUGGGUGUUGCUCAUUGUUGCCAGCAGCCUGAAUGUAGCUGAUUCUGCCGUUGGAAAAGACAUUGUGCGUGCGAACCGGCAAAAGUUUAAUUAAAAUUCCUAAUCGAAAAUAUUCAACAUUUGUGAGUGUGAAUUAAUUAAAAUAGUUUUCCAAGCCAACGAUUGUGGCACAGUUUAAGCACACGGAAAAAGCCGAAGAGAAAGUGCAGCAAAGAAAGAGGCAGAGGAUAUAGCAAAUUUAAUACAUUUUAUAAGUGUAGUGCCUAAAAAUGUCUGUAAAAAUUGCCAGGAAAUUUAAUUAUAUUAACUUGCUUUUUAAUACCCACUUAAUUAUUUAUUUUAAUUGUUUUCCAUUAAUACACAUAACAAGAAACACUGACACAAUCACACCAUAGCGAUAAAAAUGAGGAAAACUAAACAGGAAAAUCUAAAUAGCAAAUGCCAUUUUAGGUGUAUUAAAAUGUAAAGUGCAUAAAAAUCAACAGUUAACAUUUUUUAAAUAACUAGCUAUUAAACUAAAAUUAAUAUAAAGCCUAUAAAAUACACGUCGAAAUAUCAUAAAUCAAGUAAUUAAAUAAAAAUGCGUGGACUAAAAUUAGAAUGAAACUAAUGUCACAUUUAAAUUUAAACGAUUAAAUGAACAAUGAAAACAGCAACCAAAUUCACACAAAUACCCGUACAUACAUUACACACACACGCAGCAUCGAAAUAUAAUUGUGCAUCAUAUAUUGAAAGUAUUAAACUGAGCUUAUAAAAUUUAAACUAAAAAAAUUACACACAAAAAGUUGCUUUAAAAAUGGGAAAAAAUGCGAAAACUAUUUGACAACAUUCUCGACUUCCGUUUUGAAAAGAUAAAAUAAUAAAAAAAAGUCUGAAAACAAAAAUAAAAUAUAUAUACAAAACAAAAUACGAAUAAAUACAUAGAAUAUGGAACACAACACAUGACACCUUUUUAAAUGCAAAAACGGAAAAACCACUGACACAAGGCAAAUACACAAAAAACUGACAGCAACAAAUUGUUCAGAAAGGACAAAAUGCAAAUUCAAUAAAAAGCCCGAACACUACAUAUGAUUUAAAUGAGAAGGCAACCCGCAAUAACCAAAUGGAAAAAAUAUAAUAUUUUUUAUAUAAAAAGAAUCCAGUUAGCUUUCAGUUCUUGGUUUUGUUGGGGUCUAAAUAAACUUCAAUCUAGAUCAGCCAUUUUUGGUGUGACCUGUAAAUAUUACAAUAUAUUUAUAUUAAAAUUUGCUUAGGCUUUAAAUAUGAUUAUUUAAUAAGAAUUUUUCAAAUAAUUUAAAUGUGCUGAUCAAAUUUUGUUUUAAUGCAUUGUUAGAUCAACUACUUUAUAGUAAGCUCCUUAAUUUAAAACUAUUUUGUACAAAACUUCCAGCUUAACAAACAUUUUGUUAUAGUUUUAGACAAUCAACUAUUAAUAUAUAUAAAAAAGCAGCAAAGCGAAAUGAAAACAAAGAACUAAUGACAAGUAAAUGGCGUAACUUUUCUGUGAAUAAAAAAAACUAAAUGAGUAAAUCCCCUAUAAACAUUAUGCAUAUGGAAACUUAAUGUCACUUUGGGAAACAAAAAAAACAUAUAAAACUGUUUGCAAGAGAUAAAAACUAGAUGAAAAUCAUUUCAACAAAAAACCAUUUUUGUAAAUUGUUUCACUUGGGAAAUCGACACGCUAAAGCAAAAACUAAAUAAAUAGAGAAAUAAAUGAUAACUCGUUUUACCAAAUAAUGCAAAACACAAGGAAGAAAAAUGAAGACACUCGAGAAGGAAAAUCGAAUUAACGUCAAAUACAUAGAGGUGUAUAUGCUCUCAUUGGUUGUGUUUUUAGGUUAUAAACAAAUAGGUUUGGCUCUGUGUGGGUGUGUGGGCGUGUGAGUGUGCCGGGCACCCUUUGUCCUGCACACACACAAACACAAACACACGCACCGCCCGAACAAACAAACAGGCAAACAAUCGUUCAUUCAAUCACUCAAUCAGUCGGUCCGUCGAUCCAACCCACGAUCGCUCGGACUUAUAGUUGUACAGUUCAUUUUCACAUUGAUUCAUACAAAUUAACGAAUAAAUUAAAUUAACUUAGCUAUUGAAAAGCGGCAGAAAUCACGUUGAUCUGUAUAUUAUGCUAGUAAUGUCAAACAUUUUGAAUUGCCUUUUUGAAUCGAUUCUGUUCAAGUUUUUCUUAGGUUUCUAGCUAAAUGUUUAGUGUGCUUGAUAUACAAAAAAAAGAUUAAGAAACUAAUUUAGGUAAUCGAGAAGAAACCAUGUAAUUUAAAUACUGCCACAAAUAAGACAAAAGGAAAUGCAAAUAGAACAUAUAGAAAAUAUACACAUAUAUGUAUCAUAUAUAUGUGAUACGAGUACGAGUAUAAUGAUAUACGAAAUAGUUAAGUGCAAACAAUUUUCGAAGAGUGUCCACGGAAAUGGAAGGCCGAUUCGAUGCGGAGGAAUAAAGGCCUCUUAAACUAGUCACGUAAGGAUAGAUCAAGCAGAUCGGGGCUCGAAGUUAACAUUGAAGCUAAGUACUAACUAUUUAGGCCACAUACGAAUAACUAUGUAUAUAGCUAAAGUAACCACCACAAGACAAACACACACACACAGCAAUGCAUCUACACAGUUGACGCAGUACAUACCUGUAUAUAUAAAUAAAUAUUGUGAGGCAACCGCCGAUCCAUCAUUGAUCGAUCAUUCAGCAAGCGAAAAGAAUUUAUUUCCAGUACAAUUCAUUUCUCGAUUACAGUUACAGCAGACAACGAACUUGUGUAGUCACAAAACUUAGAUAAAGCACAGAAAAAUCAUUGAGGAAUUUAGUAAAACCACUCAACGGUUGACGAGUGAAUUGCCCUUAUAUGAUGUUUUAGGAUUGCUCUAAAAUUGUGUAGUUGAAAAUAAGUACAGGGGCGAUUUUAAAUCACUUUAAAAACGUGCCUAAAAGAAUGCAAUGACUUGUUUCAGUUUUGAUUCUAUUGACUCUAUCGAACCUUUAGACACUUUUUUAAGAGAUUUCGAAUCGCUAGAGAUUUUUCUCUACCACUCCUGUUAAAAUCGCUUUGCUUUCCAUUUCGAUUGGGGCAUUCAUUCCAGGCUAAAACGUGUUUCAUUUUAACAAAACGAAAACAAUUUUAAGGCCACUCACAUUUAGCACUAACAAAUAUCAUAAUUAGUUAAACGCGAAAUAGUUAUUAAACAAAAUAUAUUAAAACGAACAAAGUGGAAUAACUAAAGAAAAAUAAUUACGAUGUAAACAGGAAAUUGAGGUAUUUGAUAAAUAUGCGGCUUGACCCUGAGAUUCAAAAAACAUAAAAUCGUAUGUCUUCCAAUCAAAGGUCGUCUUUUGUAGCAAACACAACAAGAAUCAAAGUCUGCGUAUUGCUAAAGAAAAACAAAUAAACCAAACAAAUUGGAAGCAACUGUGGAGCUGAUUAAUGCAAAGAUUAAACAAAUGUUUAAAGAACAAACGCCCACACAAAUAGAAACUCACACCAACAAACAGACACACUCUGCACUGCAAACUCAAUUAGCGAAUAAUCAUUGCAUUUCUUAAGGGCUAAUAGGAAAACCAUAGAGAACACCUUCAUCGGUUGACACGUAGUAUUCCUCACUCUCUCUCUCGCUUGAACUCUGACCCAUUUUGGUUACCAGCAACUAAUCAAGUACCUGACAAUAGAUGAACUACACUUCUUCAGAAUUUCUAAGCACACCACAUCAAUCAAGUCCCAUUAAAGCUCGUCUUGUACAUAAAGUUGCCGAAUGUUUAAUUCGAUUUGGCUAACAAAUUUCCAUGAAGUUGUCUAGAAGAGAGGCAAAUCAACAAAUACAUAAAUUAAUUCAUUAAAAACGGUUUCAAUGACAGCUAGCAAAUUUAGACACUGACACAAAAGAACACAUUUCAGAGCAAUUAGCAUUUUCUUCAUGAUUUAUAGCAGCCAUUUAUUGCUUUCUUACGUACAAAUGGAAAACCAGACUACUUUUGUAAAAUAUUUCUUCAGAGUAAAGGCAAAAACAAUUUUUAGGACCUUGCGUUUUUACUAUUCUCAAUUAUUAAGGGUAGCACAGAAAUCGCUGGUGACUUAAAAACAUUUAUUAAGGUGUCUUGUAGUAUGCAAUGAUUAAUUUGGAUUGGAUAUUGAAAAUUAAAACUCAAGCUUUUCCAGCGAUUUCUGUGGCACUCCCGAAAAUUCCAUAAACAACAAAUUUUCAGGAGGUUUUCGAAUCGUUGACAUCAUAAAUUCGCAGAUUUGCAAGCAGCACAAAACACACACACACUCUCAGACUUACUCACACACUGAUCCACGAAAAUACUCAAAUAUUUAAUGCUUGUAUGUAUGCGUUUCGUAUGAAUCCGUGUGAAAGGCAUUGCAUGUGUGUGUGUGCGAGAUAAAGCAAAAAUCAAAUGUGUAAAUUCAUAUGCUAUAAAUCACCCGAGUAUGUAACAGUUAUACUAACUAUAUAUUUGAGAGUAUAUAGUACUUAGAGGUAUACAUUAUGCAUAUACACCCAUAUGUAUAUUUUUUGUAUUAACUGUUAGGUGCCGUUAGGAUUAAGUGCUUCCGUUGCAAGUUUUGUGUAUAUUUUCUUUAAAUUCGUUCGAUCAAGAUAUGAAAACCAAAAGUAAAUUUUAGCGUCAAGAUUUUUAACUCAAAACAAAUCAAAGAAAAUGGCAAAUCUUAAAGUCUUGCAACUCACUGGGGAAAACAACACCACGAAUAUUAAAGUUAAAGGUAAAACGCCCACGGGCUAAACUAACGACAAUUUGCUCAAAAAAAAAAAAAGGAAACUAAAACCAAAUGUAUUAAUAAUAAAUAUACAUACAUAUACGCAGUAAACUAAAGCCAGAUAUAAUUACAAGUAUGUCUAAACAUUUAGUUAGGCGUCCCAAGCGCUCACUAAAAAUUCUACACAAAAAUCAAUUUUGACUAAAUUGAAAAUUUAGUUAAAUGGAAUCGCAUAACGUAAGUAAGCUAAGUUACGAUAAUCCAUAAACAAUUUAUGUAAAAUACUUGCAACUAAGAAUAGGCUAAGCUAACUUUGACACUGCAAACCAAUGCAAGAUCAGCAACAAGCAACCUAAAGAGAAGGUACAUGGAAAAUUUGUGCAUCAGUAAUUCAAAUAAAUGUGACACAAUACUUAAACUUAACCGGAAAAGCGUUGCAUUUACAUUUCACAUAACAAAUACAUGCGUAAAUAUAUAUAAAAUAACUAUAUAUAUUAUAAAUAUAUAUUCGAAACUCUCUUGAACAACAAAACUGCAAACAUAUUACAUAACAAACCGAAACUAAAUAAAUUACACUCACGCGCAGCCAGCAAGCAAACAAUUGAACAUUAAAAAUUGAUCAAAAAUUAACAGAUCAUAACAAACUAAAAAAAAAAAAAAAAAAAAUUAACAAAGUCGAUAGAAGAAAAAUGAAUAUGUUGACUAACACAACAAUAUAAAACAAGAAAUGCAUUAACAAUUUAAAUGUAAGACACUAAAUAACGAACUUAAGCUAAACGCAAAACAAAUUGAAAUAAUAGCAACAAUUGCGAAAAAUAACACUAAAAUUGAAAACAAUUAAAAAAACGACAACACA